UAUUUAAAGAUCCAAUCUUUAUCCCUUCUUGUCAGAAAAAAUAAUAGAGAAUGGGUAACAGUCUAGGCGGCACGAAAACGACCAAGAUCAUGAAAAUAGACGGCGAGACUUUUAAACUCAAAACUCCGGUGACAGUGGAACAAGUUCUAAAAGACUUUCCUGGUCACGUUUUGUUAGACUCCGAAUCCGUUAAGCACUAUGGUGCCCGAGCCAAACCACUUGAGGCGAAGCAGAGGUUAGAGGCGAAGCGGUUGUAUUUCGUGGUGGAGCCGGUGAAGGAGUGUCCACCACCAAGAAGGAUAAGAUCAGGAAUUCAUAUGAGUGCCAAGGAGAGGCUUGAGCACCUCAUGCUUGCCCGGAGAUCCUCUUCCGAUCUCUCCAUACUCAAACCUACAGGAGGAUGGACGAGGACGGAGGAGGAAGAUGAAGGAGGAGCGGUGAGGGUGAAGCUGAGGAUUCCCAAGGCGGAGCUGGAAAGACUCCUUAAGGAAGGAGCCACGGAGGCGGAGGCCACCGAUAAGAUCGCCUCUCUCUUUAUGGCCAAACACAGCCACAAGGAAGCGAGAAAUAACACGCUCCAACGUGGUCAUGAUGAGCCAGCCGCCACUAUACCCACCGACACAAGAGGAGUCAAAUCUCGUCUGAAACGAGUGAGUUUCAUGGCGGAAAGAGAAGGAAGCGAGAUCACCGUUGCUUGA